AGCAGGCAGGCUCUCCCUUCCCCGGCAGACUGCGAUGAACUCAUCUUGGGGGGCGUCGGCAUGGCAUCCUUCAAGCCCUUCGGCCAGGCUGGGCCGAGAGAAGACGAGGAGAAUGGAGGCGACUUGGACCGAUCCCUCCAGCAGAUGCUUCGGGCGAUAGUGGAGGAGAGGAACCGCGUCAACAUCCGCCAGGAAAUCAGCGGGCUGGGUUGUUUCAAAGAUGACCGCAUUGUGUUCUGGACUUGGAUGUUUUCCACUUACUUUAUGGAGAAAUGGGCCCCCCGGCAAGAUGACAUGCUCUUCUAUGUCCGAAGGAAACUGUCAUACGUUGGUGGAGACGAUACAGAUGGGAAGAAGCAGGUUGAAGUGGAAGUGUACCGCAGGGAUUCUAAAAAGCUGCCUGGCCUGGGAGAUCCAGAUAUCGACUGGGAGGAAAGUGUCUGCUUGAAUCUUAUCCUUCAAAAGCUGGAUUACAUAGUGACUUGUGCGGUGUGUACUCGUUCAGACGGAGGGGAUAUCCACAUUCAUAAAAAGAAAUCCCAGCAAGUCUUUGCAUCUCCAAGUAAGCACCCUAUGGAUAGCAAAGGGGAGGAAUCGAAGAUCAGCUAUCCAAACAUAUUUUUUAUGAUUGACAACUUUGAAGAGGUGUUCAGCGAUAUGACUGUAGGAGAAGGUGAGAUGGUCUGUGUGGAGCUGGUUGCCAGUGACAAAAGCAACACCUUCCAAGGAGUUAUCUUCCAGGGAUCGAUCCGCUACGAAGCCCUCAAGAAGGUCUAUGACAAUAGGGUAAGCGUUGCAGCAAAAAUGGCACAAAGGAUGUCCUUUGGCUUUUACAAAUUCAAUAAUAUGGAAUUUGUGCGAAUGAAAGGGCCACAAGGAAAAGGACACGCGGAAAUGGCCGUGAGUCGCGUUUCAACUGGUGACACGUCUCCCUAUGGGACAGAGGAAGAUUCAAACCCAGGUUCACCUCUGCAUGAGAGACUCACUUCAUUCAGCACACCUCCAACUCCGGAACGUAACAACCGCCCUUCUUUCUUCUCCCCAUCCCUCAAAAGGAAGGUGCCGCGGAAUCGAAUUGCUGAAAUGAAGAAAUCACAUUCUGCCAAUGACAGCGAAGAGUUCUUUAGGGAUGAUGACAGUGGAGAUCUGCACAAUGCAACAAACCUACGCUCGCGGUCUCUGUCUGGAACGGGAAGGUCUCUGGUGGGCUCGUGGCUGAAGCUAAACAGAACAGAUGAAAACUUCCUUCUCUAUGCACAUCUAACCUACGUCACAUUGCCAUUGCAUCGGAUCUUAACAGAUAUUCUGGAGGUGCGGCAGAAACCGAUUCUGAUGACAUAGCAGAGAGCUGGGCACUGCCUUGGAAGCCAUGCAGCCAAGUGCCUAAAAGCCAACAACUACAGUGCUCUUCUGUCACAGCAGCACCACCUAGUGUCAGGAACUUAACACUGAAAAAAGGGAUGUUUUUGGGAAUUACCAGCCAGCCAUUCAAAAAGUGCCUCUUCCUCCCUCCCUCUGCUAUACAUACUAUAUACUCCCUUCAGGAAAACAAAAAGACUACAUCUCUUUAUAGUUAUGACUGGCAGAAAUAACUUGACCAAUAAAGAAGACAAAGGGGGAAAUAAAGAACAAAAAGGAACCCCAACAACACAAAAGUUGGGGCUGUGUUUAAAACUAUGCUUUAUGAACCAUUUGUUACAGUGUUUACUUCAUAACUGAAAACCAACCAACCUGUACAGAAUGUAUUAACCUUUAUAUAUUUCGAGAGAAAUGUCCAUAGGAUUUCAUACUGAUGUACCAAUGAACUUCAAUGAACUUCUGA